CAUGGCAUCAGAAAAACGGUGUCGAUUCAUAAGGGCGACAUGAGUAUGAGCUGCAGAAGAAAGCAACCUGAGCUCUUCAAAUCUGAAAACACACGAAAGCUGCAGAAAGACAGUUUGUUUGCUCUUCGAGUCAUCUUUCUGGAUGAUAGCGAGCAUGUUUUUGAAAUGGAGCAAAGAGUGCUGGGAAAGGAUUUCUUCAGCACAGUAUGUGGACACCUAAAACUUGUGGAAAGGGAAUACUUUGGGCUUGAAUUUCGACAUCAUUGUGGCAGUUAUGUUUGGUUGGAACUGCUGAAGCCUCUUGCAAAACAGAUUAAAAGAAGAAAUGAUCUGACUUUCCGCUUCAUAGUGAAGUUUUUCCCUCCAGACCCCGGAGAACUGCAGAAAGAACUGACCAGGUAUCUGUUUGCGCUGCAGAUCAAGCAGGAUCUGUCUAACGGCAGUCUGACGUGUAACGAUAACAGCGCUGCUCUGCUGGUUUCAUAUCUUCUGCAGGCAGAGAUUGGUGAUUAUGUAGAAGAGCUGGACAAGCAGCAUUUAGACAACAAGAGGUACAUUCCCAACCAGGAGUGCCUCCACAAAAAGAUCAUGCGUUUCCAUAAGAGACACAGAGGUCAGUCCCCAGCUCAAGCGGAUGGUCAGCUGCUUGAAGUGGCCCGUAAGCUGGACAUGUACGGCAUCCGGCCUCACGCCGCCAGCGAUGGAGAAGACAUGAGAAUCAAUCUGGCCGUCACUCACUCUGGAGUGCUGGUUUUUCAGGGAAAUACUAAAAUAAACACGUUCAGCUGGGCUAAUAUUCGAAAACUCAGCUUCAAGAGAAAACACUUUUUGAUAAAACUUCAUGUAGCAAUUGCGGCGUCUCGUAAGGACACCGUAGAGUUUGCCAUGGCCAGUCGAGACGUUUGUAAGGCCUUCUGGAAGAUGUGUGUUGAAUACCAUGCCUUCUUCCGUCUUUCUGAGGAACCGAAGGGCAAGCAAAAAUCACUCCUCUACAGCAAAGGAUCUUGCUUUAGAUACAGUGGAAGAACUCAAAAGCAGCUUUUGGACUUUGCGAAUAAAUCUGAGAAGAACAAUUUACCUUUCCAGAGGAAGUACUGUAGAGAUUACUGUGAUUCACGACAGUGCAGAUCCUCGCCUGACUUACUGACGGACGUUUCCAAGCAGGCAUACGAGCAGCAGUCGUGUGGUUUUCCUCACGCGGGAAGCAGCAUGCGCAGUCAGUCGGCUGUGGAGGUUCUCGUCUCCUCUGAGCCGGAGGAUUCUCAGGCGUCUUCCCUUCGGCCCUUCGGCUCUGAGGCGGAGGCAGGGCUCGGUGCACAGCGGGAGCACAGGGACAACCGGAGAGCCCGGUGCAGCUGCUGUGCUCCACAGCGCGGCCGUUUGAACAGACGCCAGCUGGUGCUGCUUUACCCAAACCAGCCUCAGGCCUGCCUGCACCUACAUCCACUGAUGGCUGUGUGUCCGUCGCUCGCUCUGGAUCGCUCCUGCGCUCCGGUCCUGCUGCCCUGCUGCAGCCACACGGCGCAUCAGACUCCCUCAUUCUGCCUUCUGGACGACGCCAUGCGCUCCUCCAGCUUCUCUGGAGCCUCGUACGCCCCGCUUAUACAGUACGCUGGGAUAGGUUGGCCUCCGGUGCUCGGAGCGCCGCCUGGAUUUUACGUAGCGGGCAGCUUUGGAGACCGAGAUCAGGAAGAGUUAGGCCACUUCAGUGAUGACUGCAGCUAUCAAACAGGACUUCCUCGUCGGUCGUACAGCCAGUCCGAUGUCAAGCUGUUGUGUCAGCCGGCAGAGUUUCGCCCGCUGGGUCACUAUCCCCACCUGUCUCGACGGCAAGACCUCACGCGGCCCACGUACCUGCCGCUGCAUUCGGAGCAACCGACGGACGGCAGCAGGUCAGAACUGAGCCACAGCGACUCGGAUCCGGACGUGGUGUGUUCCUUCUACUGUCCCGGGAUCACCAGACUGGUGCGCUCCACACCUCUGGCACGCAUGCGCAUUUCCUCCGGAAGCUUACAGCUGGACGAGGAGGAGGAGCAUUCUUUUAGUAAUGAAGGCACAUCAUCUGCGACAGCUGUCAAAGCCAAACACAAGUCAUAA